UGAUACCUUUCUGCCACUCAUCUAAAUUUGCUUCUUUCUUUAAAAUAGGUAUCAUUUCAAACUUACAAGAGUCUUUGUCAUCAUCCAGAAAGGAGGAAACACAAGACAGUGGGGAACACAGGAAGAUCCUGAGCGGUUCAAAGGACGGAGAGAUCUAGCAGGGAAGCAGCAAAAGAGAGCAGUAGGUCCCACCUGCCAACAGAGAUUCCUGACUCCUCCAACCAGGUGAGGACCCCAGAAGUGCCGAGACCUCCGAGUUGGCAUUUGCGGUGACAGCGGAGUGGAGUCGGGCGAGGGCACGGCUAUUCCUGGGCAUCUGGUGGAAAGCGGGGCAACAAGCUUGCAGCCACCAGCAAAUGCCAAGCAUGGCUGAGACAGACGAUGCCAUAGAGAUUGCAGCCCUCGGCCGCCCCUUCCAGCUGGGGAUGCUGUACGACUGCCGCAAGGAUGCCCUCGUCCCAGGCGUCACCCUUUGGGACUACAGCUCCCUUCAGAAGGACCUGACCACCAGGCCUCAGCCCAAUACAGAAACUAAAAUCAUUGCAUCUGACAAUAUUGAUGACAAGGCCUCUGCCCUGGACAUCUCAGGAUCCCUCAAGGGCAGCUUCCUGGGGGGGCUGGUUGAUGUGAGAGGAUCAGCCAAGUAUCUUUACAACACCAAGAAGUCCAAGCAACAGGCUAGAGUCACCGUCCAGUACAAAACCACCACCAGAUAUGAACAGCUGACCAUGAGCCAUCUGGGAAUCCAGAAUAUCUCCCACCCAGCAGUCUUUGAGCAUGGCACGGCCACCCACGUGGUCACCGCCAUCCUCUACGGAGCCCAGGCUUUCUUCGUGUUUGACCGAGAUGAUUCCUCAACAGAAAUGGUAAAAAAUAUAGAAGGAAAUCUCCACGUCACAAUCAGGAAGAUGAUAUCCGUCACAGGACAAGAAGAUAUGAAGCUAAACAAGGAGGAGAAAGAGAGUGCGCUGAAGUUCAGUUGCACGUUCCAUGGAGACUUUUCUCUGGAGAAAAAUCCAGCGACCUUCCAAGAUGCCAUGACAAUUUAUGAGACUCUGCCAAAAAUGUUAGGGAAAGAUGGGGAGAAGGCUGUUCCUGUGUGGGUCUCGCUCUACCCACUGACCAAGCUGGACACCAGAGCAGCUAAAAUGGUCCGCGAGAUCAGCCUAGCGUUGAUCUUUGAUGUUGAAAGCAUCUUGGAGGAACUCGACGAAAUCCAGAUGCAAAGUAACGAUCUAGCCAAGGAUCCCAUUUGUGACACCUUCCCUGAGAUCAAGAGGAAGAUCCAGCAGUUUAAGAAUCUGUUAAAGCAACACAGGCAGACUUUCCAGAAAGACCUGGCCAGAGUGUUGCCUUCCAUCCGGGGUGGAGGGCAGGAGGAAGGGACCCUGGUGGAUAUCUUGACCUCUGUCAAGCAGUCUCCCUUCAACAGCCAAAGACUCCAUGAAUUUCUGGACACCAAGAAAAGAGAAAUUAACUUUGUCAAAUCUUUUCUGACUAUUUUAAAUAAGAUACAAAUUAUCUCAUCUAAGAACAAGUUGGAAGAAAUAGUUCUCGAUCCUCAGAAUGGAUACGUGGUCUCCUUUGUAUUCACUUCUUUGCAGGAAGAGGAGCCGUUUCUGUUGAGCUUACGGGACAAGCUUCAGGAGCGAUUCUUGCAAGAAUCAGCUACGUCCACAAGAUCCACUCCUGGGGUGAAGAAAGGCAAGGCCUGGGUUGAGGACCAGGAGAGGACCCACAAUGCUCGCCAAGCGGCCAAAUCCAUGAAAGACUUUUUCAUUGUCAAUCAAUCGAAUGAGAAAGUCCGCUUUGUCGUGGCCUCACUCCCAGAUGUGGACAUCCCAGGAGCCUCCAUUUACCUUUAUGAAGACGGAAAGCUGAUCAGCAAGAACUUUGAGUUGCCCUCAAAACCUCUCCCUUUGCAGAUUACUGAACUGAGACACAACAGCAUUCAGCUGAAAUUUCAGCCAGCUGAACAUGGGAGGGCUACAACCUCCAGCUACCUGGUAGAGUACAAGAUUGCAGGGGAAGAAAACUGGAAGACCGUGAGGACAGAGGAUGCCGGGGAGUUGUUCCUGCUGAAAGAUCUGCCUCCAAACACAGAGUACCAGUUCCAGUAUGCUGCUUGUUGCAAGCUUGGAUUUAGUAAAUCCAGUGACCUGAGCCCACCCAAAAAGACUCUUUCCAUCAGCCCUCCUGAGAAGUUAAGAAAGGUCACUGCAGCAUCUUCUGUCAUCUCUGUGGCUUGGAUGAAUCCCAGCACUGUUGUCUCAGGAGUUGUGGUCAAGGAGUACAAAGUGGAGUACAGAACGGUGGAGGCUGGAGUUGGGAAGAACCAGUGGACUGGGAAAAGGACUGGGAGAAAAACACAGUUUUACCCCAUCGAAGGUCUGAAGCCCCAGACGGCAUAUAGAAUACGGGUGUCAGCCGUGUGUGACAAUGGAGCUCUGGGUGUCCCCAGUGAGGAGGUGGAAGUGUCCACAUCACUGGAGGAAGAAGAUGCAGGCAACGUCGCCCACCAGUUCUUUCAGGAAAGCUGCCCGGUGGAGGACACACAUCCGUUAGUGUUCGCUCUUCCUCUGAAGAAAGUCCCCUCAGAUGCCUCCACCUCCUGUCUCAUAUACCAGCUUGGAAAGGAGAACCCAAAAGUGCCGAACAAAGUGAUCCUGAUGAUGGGAGCAACAUGGUCUGGGAAAACCACACUGAUCAACGGGAUGAUCAAUUAUAUUCUGGGUGUCCAGUGGGGAGAUAAUUUCAGAUUCAAACUGAUUCACGAAACCACCCCGAGAAGCGAAGCUGGAAGCAGGACGUCUGAAGUCACUGUCUAUGUGGUGCACCAUCAGGAGGGUUUCCGGAUUCCCUAUUCUCUCACAAUCAUUGAUACUCCAGAAUUUGCAGGCACAAGAGACACAGAGCAAGACAAACUGGUUGAGAAGCAGCUCCGAGAAUUUUUCUCCGCCCCAGGGGACAUUGACCACGUUGAUGCCAUCUGCUUCGUGGCCCAGGCCUUCCUUGCCCAUUCAGUUCAUGCCCAGAAAUGCAUCUUUGAUUCCAUGCUCUCCUUGUUGGGAAAAGACGUGAAGGAUAACGUCCAGCUCCUGAUCACCUUUGCUGAUUGGGGAACGCCACCUGUCCUGGAGGCCCUCAAGGAGGCUGACCUGCCUUGUGAUCGGGACAAGUCGGGAACCCCUCUGCACUUCAGAUUCAACCAUUCAACCCUUUUUAGUCACGGAGAAAGUGGAGGAAGCCAUCGUGCUGUUGCUGAAAUAUACUGGAAAAUGAGCGCCGAGAGCAUGAAGAAUUUCUUUGACUCGCUAAUGCUGCUGGAAACCAAAAGUUUAACCUUAACCAUGGAGGUCCUCAAGGAACGUCAGGAGCUGGAAGCUGCUCUUAGAAGACCUCCCUCUCUAAAGGUUGAACCAGUCAAACCAAAUAGUUUCCAGAUCAGUAUUGACCCAGUCGCCAUUGGGAAGUCUUCAGUCUCCUGGUACCAGGUGGAAUAUCGGAUUGCAGGGCAGAAUUGGAAGAGUCUCCAUACUGAAGGCCCUAAAGAUCAAUUCACCCUGGAAGAUGUCCAACUAAAUCUUCAGAUCCAAUUCCGAUGUGCAGCUGUGACUGAAUUUGGGAUGGGUCAAUGGAGCAAGGAGAUCACUUGCAUCUAUCCAAGGGGGAGGCCUGCAGAGAAAUCUCAGGUUAUGUGCUGUGCGGCUGGUCUGCAUAUGACUGUACGCAUCCAAGGGUCUGAACAGAGGAUCGUCCUUGUGGGCAUAAGCGGAAAUGGGAAAAGUGCAACAGGAAACACAAUUCUGGGAAGCAACGUCUUUAAAAGUUCCAUGUCAUGUAGAUCAGUAACAACAGCAUGUCAAAAGGAGGACACACAGCUAAACGGCAGGAAGGUUGUGGUUGUUGAUACGCCUGGCUUUUUCUAUACCGGUUGUCCAGUGAACGACGUUGUUGCAGAAGUGAGGAAGUGCGUGAAGUUUUGCUCCCCGGGUCCCCAUGUCAUUCUGCAUGUGAUGUGUCCUAGUUAUUUCAACCCGGACGAGAAGGAGGUGCCUCAGCUGAUCAAGGAGAUUUUUGGCCUUAAAGCCAAAAAUUACAUCAUCCUUUUGUUCACCCACAAAGAGGAUCUGGAAAGUGAAUCUAUUGAAAAUUUCAUAUCUGCCCAAGAUAAAAAUCUGAAGGAAUAUGCUGCUGAAUGUGGGAACCGGUUCCUGGCUUUCAACAACAGGGCCAAAGGGGCGGAACGAGAGGCUCAGGUGGCCGAACUGAUGACCAUGAUUGAUCGUCUGGUGGAAACGAACAGAGAUGCUCCUUGUUACACGGAAGAGAUGAUGAGCUUCAACAAAAGACGGUCUGGUUUUUUUUCCCCCUUUCCAACAGAGGCCAGAAAAUCUCUUUAAUUGAGACUUUAAAUUGGAAUAUUGAUAAGAAAUUAAAAACUGAGUAAAAAUUAAUAACAGGAUAUGGAUUGUUUAUGAAGAGUGAAUGUAAUUAUGAUAUGUAUAAGCUAAAAAUGUAUUGAUAAAUGAAA